AUGUAAAAAUUGUCUUAAAUUAAUAAGCAGGAGAAAAUUCAUGCAGGGUGGCUAAUCAAUUCACAACACGAAUACCAGAGUCUACUAAACGCUUCCUUUCGAAAGCAGCUAUAAGAGGAUUCACAAAUCUAAUAAGAAUCACUUAUAGAAAAUCUGACAACGGAUCUCUGUUUGAAUGCAGAAGAGUGUAAAUAAGAAUUGAAAAUGUACAAAACAAGCAAGGUUAUGGGAAGCAGUUUGGAACGAUAAGUCAGAUUUGACAAGCAUGUUCUCUUUCAAAUGAAGGACCAUAAGCCUGUCAAACAAUUUCCAAUUUAUAAAUCAAUAGAUGUGGAAAACAAAGCGAAUCACUCAAAUAAUUGGCAGGAGAAGAAAGGAGACACUGCUAGACUAUCAAUUGAAUUUGAAAAAGAUCAUUCGAGAGUCUUCAUCUAUAUGAAAGAUGAGAAUCAAGCACUUAAAUGGCAAAGACAUUUGAUAAUCUAAAAGCUUCUAUAGCUAAAAUCAAAGUAAUUGGCUAAGUGCUUUGGAUAUUGCUAUCAAGAAUACGAAGAUAAAUUCACAUUCAUAUGGGCAUUAAAGUUCGCUUAAUAAUUAGAGUAAUAUGCAAUAGAAACCUACAGGCAAAAAAAACGGAAUGCUCAAGUGGAUGCUAACUACCUUAUCCAAUAAGAAAGGAAACUGAUCGGUUUUCAUAUCAAAACAUGGUUGAAGAAGAGCCAGAAACAAUUAAAGGAUGAAUAGGAUUAUUUGGAUUAACAAAAAUAACUGACUUUGCAAUAACAAAAACAGCAAUCACAAUAAGAUUUAGAGUAAAUAGAAUAGGAAAGAUUAAGAAGAGAGAAGGCGAGAAUUCAAAUGUUGGGAAAUUUGAUUUAAAAUCAUGUUCAACCUAAGAAUUCAGUGAUACAAAAAUUCCUUGUUGGUUGGCAACAAAGAUCUAAUUUCAUCUAUCAUACAAAUCCGAAGAAAUUUUCAAUUAGAAUUAUUAGAAUGUACAUUCAAAACAACAUAUAACUGAUAAGACCGUUAUUGGAAUUGAGAUUCGUAUCUGAAAGAUCAGAAGAAACUAAGGAUAUAGAAUGUAUUAAAAUAUUAGACGGAUUGCAAUAUAAUAUUUAAUAGAGUCCGUACUUCACUUGUCGUUUACUUGCACAAAUGAAUCAAUAAAGAAGAAGGGACUACACUACUUGGGGAUUUAAAGAUGGUUUACUUGGAUUGCAAGGGAGGACCUUCAUGUCAGUUGAGAAUUUGGGGUUUUAGGAUUAUAUAGAUUUUUAAGUUAUUGAUACAAUCAGAACCAAUAUAUCAUCAAAGGUUUUGAGGAUUCAAUUCUAAGAUCUCAUUAAAUAUUUAUAUGAAGGUCGUUCAUUUUGGAUAGCUCUUGAAUAUGAGCAAUCUAAGAUAUUUGUAGAAAUGGAUUUACUCCAACAUUCCAACAUUGACCCUAUAUUUCUUGAUAGAUUAAAAUAUAUUUAACUGAAUGCUGUUUUAAGAAAGGUUGGCAUAAAGAUGAUCGAAUAAAGAACUCCUCUGCCAAUUAUAGAAACAGUAAAAUUUGGAUUAGAAAUCGAUAGAUAUUCGGAUGAUAUCUAAAAUUUAUAUUAGAGAUUGUAUAUCGAGAAUAUAUGUCUAUAACCUUAGUGUUAACCAGCAAGUUGGUUUACUUAAUUAAAUUGCUUUGAAAAAGUUGUUAGGCCUGUUACUGAAAUACUCAAAAGAAAUUACUUAGAAUUUACUGAUGCUUCCGAUAAUGUUUAGAUCUACUUUCAAAUAAAAUCAAUUCCCAAUUUAAGAUUGCCUUUACUCAAAGAUGUCGAUGACUUUAUUACUAAAUUGCCUGUGGUCUAAGAAAAUCAACACAAAUAAUGUUAAGGAGUUUUGACAUCCUUCUUAAUCUAUUGCAAUGUUAGAACCAUUUAAUUGAAUGUCUCCUUUUUGACCAUACUAUUUUAAAUAGCAAAUAAGUUCAUAUGUAUUGCUCAUCCACAUUUCUUGUAUGAUUUAAGUAAACCUGUUUUUGGUAACAAAUACGAUUCAGAAUCCUAGGCCUUUUGGCUUUUUACUGGAUUUGUUGAAUUGAUGAGAAGUGUUCAUUUCCCCUUAGUCAAGGAAGACACUCUCUUUUGCCCACAAGAAGUUGUAAUGCAAUACAUGGAAGUUUUGCAUAAAGAAAUUGUAAAACAUUGCAAAAAUUAUGACAUUGCAGUUGAAAAUGUUUUUUUCGAAAUCCUUUCAUCCUUUUACACCAGUUUAGUACAAUCGAUGCCAUUGUGUAAUAUAUGGAAUUUAAUAAUUAAAAAAAUAUCUGCCAAUAAGUGUGCAUACUAAUUAGUUUUAAUUGUUUUCAUAGAGGAAUUAAGCUAUAAAUUAUUGUUCUGUUAAAAUUCUGAAGAUUUUAAAAAUGCUAUCUCACUAUAAGCUUAACUUAUGGAUAUACAAUAACUUGAGGCUGCAUAUUCAGGAUGUGAGUCGAAUUUGAAUAGAAUCAUAAAUGCAGAACAAUCAUUUCAUGAAUCUGUCGAGCAUUCUAAUAUUCAUUAGCCUUUAGUUUAGGAUUGUUGA